AUGCCGAUCAACGUUGUUCGGCUGUCUCCACUCUUCCCGAUGUUUACGGCCCGUCGGGCAGACCAUCCACAAAACGCCAUCAAGGCCGAAGUGGGUCCGGCGAUCAAAGUGGCAGGACAGCAAAUUCGGGCAGGGGACGCCGGCUCGACCGGCCAUGCAGUUGGGACUUUACACCACUUGGUGUACCUGUACCUUGUUCCAAAAACCAUCCAUUUAACAUGGAAAGUCGCUAAGACGAAUUCCUCUCAAGCGGAUCGGGGACCGCUUUCCUGCGGGGACACGAUGCCGAUGGUUACCCGUAAUCGAGCUCUGAGCGACCAAGGACUCAUGUUGGCCCACGAUUCACUAUCUCUCAUUGGUUCUCAUCAAUAA